AUGCUACUUGCUACAAACACUACCAAACGGAAACUGGUGCCCGACUCUACCACUCCCACUCACUCGUUCAAGCUGGAGCUGAAGGUUUCUCUUCCGGAGUCGACGGUCGCGGCCCGUCGGAACGCCUCUCCGGCGACGCGGCCCGUUUUUUCGACGGCGCACGCGACGCAGAAUGGCGGCUACCCGACGCCGACGAAGAUCACCGGUGUACCAUGUCCGGCCACCCCCACGCGCUACACGGCACCGGUGCACAUAGAUGUCGGUGGCGUCAUAUACACGUCGUCUCUGGAGACGCUUACACGGUUUCCAGAGUCGCGACUCGCCAAGAUGUUCAACGGUAACAUUCCCAUCGUUCUGGAUACGUUGAAGCAGCACUACUUCAUCGACAGGGACGGCAAGAUGUUCCGGCACAUCCUUAACUACAUGCGCACGGGAAAACUCAUGCUGCCCGAGAAAUUCGCGGAAACCGAACAGCUUUACGAAGAGGCGCGUUAUUUCGAUAUUCAGGGCAUUAUGAAGGAGCUGGAGGUCCUGCGUGGCACAAGAAACGUUAAAAAGGAACCCAUGGACACGUGUGAUAAAAAUAACGUUUCCAAAGCGCAGCCGACGUCGUCAUCGUCUUCCGGCGGUUUUUGUGACUGUGUUGCCGUGAGCUUAAGCCCAGAUCUCGGAGAGCGAAUCUCGUUGAGCGCCGAGAGGUUUCUCCUAGAGGAAGUGUUUCCGGAGCUGAACUCCGCACUCAUGGACUCGCGUAACUCUGGGUUCAAUCUGGACAAUCGCUACGUCAUACGUUUUCCGCUGAAUGGAUUCUGUAAACUCAAUUCCGUUCAGGUUUUUCAGCGAUUGUUGAACCACGGCUUUAAGAUCGAGGCUUCCACCGGAGGUGGAGUGGAAGGGCAACAGUUCUGUGAAUAUCUGUUCGUGCGGAGAAAUUGCGCAUCGGCAUGAUUUCACACACUGUACUUUUCUACGCGUUUAUCCAUGGUUGCACUUUGUUAUUGGAAGUCAUGUCCAACGUUCGCUUACGCUUUACUUUAAGACUGCUUUAGUUUUUAUACUAAGUAUUGUGCAAUGGCGUUAAAAGUAAAUCGAUUCAACGUGAUAACCAUAAUAAUCUAGCAACCGUUUCCGUUGUUGCGUGUUAACGUCAGUGUGUUUUUCAACAGGCAGUAAACAUAUUGCGCUUCUAGUAUUGCAGAAAAUGGUUUCGUUGUACACGUGAAAACACUUUCAGGACUUUACUAUGUGAGCUGGUGCUGUCUUAUUUCACCCCGUCAUCUGGUUUGCACAACAGGUUUAAUAAAAAAAGUAUUUGCAUGCACGACUUUGCUUGUGUACAAAUGUGUCUUGACUUAUCGUCUUUAGUAUCGUUUGUUUUACAUGUGCAUCAGUGCCGUUUGUAAAAUAUUUGAAGGACUAACAAUUAAAACUGUAAAAAGUAAA